CUGGCGCACGCGGCGGUCAGGUGACCUCGCUGUUGACAAAGCGGAUCUGCGCGCAGCUGCAGAGGCAGAGGUUGGUCUGUCUGCCGCGGCUGUGGGUCCGGGCUGGGAGCUACUGAAGGAGCGCCGUCCAACGUGCCUCGUUCUGGUCCUGGUUCGACUUCCGACCCGCUUCGUGCUCUCAAAGCGGCUCGUGCUCCUUCGGUACUUUGUGUUCCAGCCUCGCCCAUAUCCAGCGGUCCAUGACAGAGCUGAAUCCGGGAAGGAGCAGGCAGCGCGGCCGCCGGUAUGGACAGCGAGAGACGGAGGCUGCUGGACGCCGAGAGCGGCGACGAGACCCCCGCGGGGCUUAUAUCCGAGCAGGACGCGUAUCUGAGUAAGGUAAAGAAUGCGAAGCUCUACCUGGCCACCUUCGCCUCCGUCCUGGGCCCCAUGAGCUUCGGAUUCGUGUUGGGAUACAGCUCCCCUGCCAUCCCGGAGCUCACCAGGAUCUCUGACCCCCGGCUGCGGCUGGACGACGUGCAGGCCUCCUGGUUUGGGUCCAUCGUGACGCUGGGAGCAGCAGCUGGGGGGCUGGUGGGGGGCUGGAUGGUGGGGAGGAUCGGCAGGAAGCUCAGCCUGAUGCUGUGCGCUCUGCCCUUCGUCUGUGGCUUCACCAUGAUCAUUGCAGCGCAGAACAUCUUGAUGCUCUACGUGGGCAGAGUUCUCACCGGCAUGGCCAGCGGGGUCACGUCUCUGGUUGUUCCGCUGUACAUCUCUGAGAUGGCUCAUGAGAAGGUGCGGGGAACGCUGGGCUCCUGCGUGCAGCUCAUGGUGGUGCUCGGCAUUCUACUGGUGUAUUUUUUAGGUCUCUUCAUGGAUUGGCGCUGGCUGGCCAUCUGCUGCUCCGUCCCUCCGACGCUUAUGAUGGUCCUCAUGUGCUUCAUGCCCGAGACGCCCCGCUUCCUGCUGUCUCAGGGCAAGAGGCGGGAGGCGGAGGAGGCGCUGCGUUUCCUGCGAGGACCUGACGCUCCUGUUGAAUGGGAGUGCGCCCGCAUGGAGGAUGCCAGUGACAGCCAGGGGACCAGUUUCCACAUAUCUGACCUGAAGGACCCUGGUGUCUACAAACCCCUCAUAAUCGGCGUCAUGCUGAUGGUGUUUCAGCAGAUGACUGGGAUCAACGCCAUCAUGUUCUACGCUGAGAAUAUUUUUGAACAGGCUCACUUUGAGGAGAGCGACCUGGCCUCCGUGAUUGUGGGUCUGAUCCAGGUGGUCUUCACUGCAGUGGCGGCACUAAUUAUGGACAAAGCGGGCAGGAAGAUCCUCCUCAUAAUCUCAGGUGUUGCCAUGACAAUCAGCACUGUGGCGUUGGGGGUCUACUUUCACUUGAUGUCCAAACUUGGCAGCGCUGUCACUGACUCUACGAGUGUCACCGCUGAACAGCCAGAUCUGUCCUGGCUGGCACUGGCCAGCAUGGCUGUCUUCAUCUCAGGGUUUGCCAUCGGCUGGGGUCCGAUCCCGUGGCUGAUCAUGUCAGAGAUUUUCCCCGCCAAAGCCAGAGGUUUUGCCAGUGCCAUGGUGGUCCUCUCCAACUGGGGCAUGGCCUUUGUUGUCACUAAAACCUUCCAGGACAUGUUGAUGUCUCUGACCAGUGCAGGAACCUUCUGGCUCUUCUCGUCUACCUGCGUCGUCAACAUCCUCUUCACUGUAUUCUUCAUCCCUGAGACCAAAGGAAAGACGCUGGAACAGAUUGAGGCCAUUUUCAGAGGCACCUCAGGUCCAUAAAGGGCGGAGCCGAAGGACUUGUAGAUGAAAGUGGACGUUCCUUUCUCCACGCCGGAGAGGCCAACUUAAACACAUCACUACUGUCGCUGAUUCAUUCACGGUUGAUGUAAUGAUGCCAACCCCGGCCUUCAGUCAGACCGGCCUGUUUCCCAUUUGUUUAAAAAAAAAAACUGCGUCUGGAACUGAGCGGCUGACCAAUCAUUGGAUGAAGAUUUCUUUGAACUUUUCAGUCCGUUAAACGGAGGGUUUCAACUCUGCUGCAGCUGUUCUGCCGCCCUGCAGAUCUCUGCGCCGACACAUGGAAAACGGGGAUGUUUGGGCACACUUGCACCAGAAAUGUUUGUUUUACUGUUGGUAAUGAAUAAAUGUUUGUUAAGCUCAACCUCCUCUAAUCUCCCCCUGUGUUAUCCUCGUGUUAAGCUUUACUUUUUACUGACCCACUUUACUCAAAGUCAAAUGUAAAGACCAGCUUAUGUCUGAUUAAAGCAGAACUGAAACUUCUGCUCAUGACCAAAAUUCAGCAGAAGUCUUGACUACAAAGAAUACAUCAUGAAGUGUUGAGAUUGCAAGCUGACACAUAAGGAUUGAAAACUGACAUAAAUUCUAAACAGAGAUGUUUUGAACUUUUGCUCGCCUAGUUUUGGAAAACUGAAGCUGUAUAACUUCAUUCUUCUGAAUGAAUCCAAACCAGAAAAGCUUUAACUUUUUGAAAACAGAAAUAAAAAAACAUGUUCUGUAUACUUCAAAAUAAUGGAUUCAAACGUGAUGUUUUCUAAAAGAUGGUGGCUUAGGUUUCUACAAUAAAAGUGACUAAAAAUGU